UCUCAGCUCCUGUGCCUGUGGCCGUGGCCUUGGUGGCACCCUUCCCCAGUGGCCAGCCCAGGGCUUCCCCCACCCAUGCAGUCUCCUACCCUCACUGCCCAGGGCCUCAGUAGCCCCCUCUUUGGGGCCUACACUCUCCCCACCUUCAAGUUCCAGCCUCGCCGUGAGAGUGUGGACUGGAGGCGCAUCAAUGCCCUGGAUGUGGACCGCGUGGCACGGGAGCUGGACGUGGCUACCCUGCAGGAGAACAUCGCUGGUGUCACUUUCUGCAACCUGGACCGGGAGGUGUGCGGCCGCUGUGGGCAGCCCGUGGACCCAGCGCUGCUCAAGGUGCUGCGGCUGGCGCAGCUCAGCAUCGAGUACCUGCUGCACUGCCAGGACUGCCUGAGCACCAGCGUGGCCCAGCUGGAGGCGCGGCUGCAGGCCAGCCUGGGCCAGCAGGAGCGUGGCCAGCAGGAGCUGGGCCGACAGGCCGACGAGCUCAAGGGCGUGCGGGAGGAGAGCCGGCGGCGGCGCAAGAUGAUCAGUGCCCUGCAGCAGCUGCUCCUGCAGACGGGCACCCACAGCUACCACACCUGCCACCUGUGUGACAAGACCUUCAUGAACGCCACCUUUCUCCGGGGCCACAUCCAGCGCAGGCACGCAGGCGUGGUGGAAGGCGGAAAGCAGAGGAAGCAGGAGCAGCCAGUGGAAGAGGUGUUAGAAGAGCUACGGGCCAAACUGAAGUGGACCCAAGGGGAGCUGGAAGCCCAGAGGGAGGCGGAGAGGCAGCGGCAGCUCCAGGAAGCAGAGAUCAUUCGCCAAAGGGAAGCAGAAGCUAAGAAAGAAUUUGAUGAAUGGAAAGAAAAAGAGCGGGCGAAGCUAUAUGGGGAAAUAGACAAGCUCAAAAAAUUAUUUUGGGAUGAAUUUAAAAGUGUUGCCAACCAGAACUCUACCUUAGAGGAGAAGCUGCAGGCACUGCAGUCCCACAAUAUGAUGAAGUCCAACCUGGGGUCCCUGCGGGAUGAGGAGCCUGAGGAGAGACUCAGGCAGGCUCAGGAGCUCUGGGCUCUGAAGGAGAAGAUGGAAAUUCAGAAAACAGAAUGGAGGAGGAAAAUGAAGGCACUGCAAGAAGAGCACGCAGCUCAGAAGAGAGAGCUGCGGGAGCAGAACGAGAGGCUCCAGGCUACCCUGUCUCAGGAUCAGAGGAAAGCAGCCGCCCAGACCCAGCGCCAGAUCCAUGCCCUCCGCGCCCAGCUCCAGGAACAAGCCAGGCUCAUUGCCUCCCAGGAGGAGAUGAUGCAGGCCAUGUCUCUCCGGAAGGUGGAGGGGAUCUGUGAAGGCCCGAAGGCUGUGGACACAGAUGAGGACUCUUCCGAGGAAGAGCUGGAGGACUCCCACAGUGGACAGCAGAAGGUGCUAGAAGCCCUGAGGCGAAACCCCACCUUGCUGAAGCAAUUCAGGCCAGUCCUGGAGGACACCCUGGAGGAAAAGCUGGAAAGCAUGGGGAUAAAGAGAGAUGCCAAGGGAAUUCCCGCGCAGACCCUCAGACACCUGGACUCCAUCCUGCGAGCCCAGCGGGAGCAGAAGGCCAGGAGGUUUUCUGAGUUUCUGAGCCUGAGGGAGAAGCUCAUUAAGGAAGCCACCAGCAGAGUGAAGGCCAGACAGAAGGACAGGGCCCCGGUGUCCCAGCCAGAGGGCGAGGUGCCAGGCAGACCCAACCUGAGCUCUUUGUGCAAAGGAAGUUUCCAAAGUGUGGUCCACACAUCUCUGGGAGUCAAAAGCCAGCAGAGCCCACUGGUCACUAAAGAGGUCCAGCCAAAGGCCAGGACCCAGCAUGUGGCACAGCCAUCCAAGCCUGCAGAGCCCGCUGUGACAAGUCUUCAGAGCCGCAGCAGCCAUAGCCUGGGCCUGGCCCUGGGGCCCACCCCUACUCCUCGCUCCAGAGCACCUGGACCCUCUGGCACCCCUUCUUCCCCAGGGCCUGGGCUGAGUACGCCCCCGUUCAGUUCCGAAGAGGACUCGGAGGGAGAUGCUGGGCCGCGUGCUUCCCUGCAGCCCCCGAGAGCUCUUUCGAGGGUGGGGCCCCGGCCGCAGGAUGACUCAGACUGGUCUGACACCGAGACCUCGGAGGGGAGUGCCCAGGCCCCUGGCAAGGGCUCGGGUGGGCUGGCCUCCUCAGGAACGCUGGUGCAGUCGAUGGUCAGAAACCUCGAGAAGCAGUUGGAGGCUCCAGUCAAGAAGCCUGCUGGAGGGGUCAGUCUGUUCUCAGUGCCCAGUGCCGGGCCACAGAGAGCUGCUGUGCCAGGAGGAAAGCCCCAGCUUUCUGAGGAUGAAAGUGACUUGGAGAUCUCUUCCUUGGAAGAUCUCCCACAGGACCUAAACCAGAGAGAGAAACCGAAGCCCUUGUCUCGCUCAAAGUUCCCGGAGAAGUUUGGCGCCAGCUCUUGGAGCCCCAGUCAACCCAGGGUCCCUGGCUGGUGA